AUGUCCAAUCCCAACGACCUGACCCCCGUUUUCACCAAAGAUGCCUGUCCGCGUAAGGCCGCCCAGUCGGGCCCCCCCAUCUUUCUACUUCAUUCCCUCACUCCCCUCUCCUCCCCCACCCCCCCAGCAGGGCCCUAUUCCCAAGCCAUCCGCGCCGCCUCACAGAUCUGGGUCGCGGGCCAGAUCCCCGCCGAUAGCGAGGGAAAGCUGAUCGAGGGUUCCAUGGCGGAGAAGACGGCAAUGUGCUGUCGGAAUGUCAAGGCGGUGCUUGAGGCGGCGGGGAGCGAUAUCGAGAAGGUGGUCAGGGUUGGGGUCUUCUUGACGGAUAUGAAGGACUUCGCGGAGAUGAAUGCAGAGUACGAGAAAUGGUUUACGCAAAAGCCGGCUCGGACAUGUGUAGCCGUGCAUCAAUUGCCUAAGGGGGUGCCGGUUGAGAUUGAGGCGAUUGCGCUACAAUAG